AUGUGGAGCCUAAGGUCGUACAGUAUGUCAGACGCUGUCGCGGAGUGGUUGCUCGUGCUGCACAUUCGGACGACCGGCCGUGACGCACAGAUUACCUACAAGCGGACUUGUUUACGUUUUCGUUUUGGGCUCGAGAAAGGUUCGCAGCGCUCUGUCAUCGCUCGCAGGGCUGCGCCCUCGCAGAAAGCGGCUUACGUUCUCCUGUUCGGUCUGCUGAUCAACAUGCACUGGUCGGUACCGCUGCUGCUGGUACUUUCAACGUUCAUCUGUGGUUCUUUGCAAGUCGAUAAAGCUUGUGAGGCCGAGAUCGGCGAAUAUUACCGAUGUCUGGACUCAUUGAACAGAAAAUCUCGAACUCCUGUGAAGAAGGUGACAAAUUUUGGCGAGGACGUGGAUGCCUGUUUUGUUGAAAACAAAUGCGUUUCGCCUGCGAGGCGUUCGUCACUGCAAGACACGUUGAUGACGAUGAUAAAGCCAUGCAUGGACGAGCUUGAGAAAAAUGCCAACGUGGUGCAAGAAAAAUGUCUGGCGAAGCACAACCCGGUGGCAUCGACGGUCGCCAAGCACGUAUUUGUGGGAACGGGCGACAACGCGGACUCCUCUUUCGAACUGGACGAAAUACUGUUCGAUCGAACGCGGCAAACCUAUAAGCUGAAGGCGCUUGAAGCUCUGAAUAAUCUUCACGAAUUGGACAACAAUGAAACCAUAUGCUCUUCAGCCGGUAGAGAGAAGGUUAAGAAUUGUCUUGUGAACGUUUUCGGUGCGGUGGCUAAGUCCGAAGAGCAACCGAACUUGUUUCUGCAUGAAGUCGAAUUGGAAGAGAAGUACAAUGCGUACUGCGCUGACCGCAGAUCGUGCUUUAACAAGCUAUCGAAGAAAUGCUUCAUACAACUGAACGAAAAUAAAGACUCGUUUUGCCACUGCAUGCAGUAUCACUUCCAAAGCAGGCUGCUGAAGGACUUCCAAAAAUGCAGUGGGGCUACAACCGUCUCUCUGGCGACUUCGUUUAUUUGCGAAGUGCUGCCAAACGAAGAGUCGUGCAGAAGGAGCUAUCUGGAAGCCAAGUUGAACAUAUUUGACUUUGAACCUGAACUGGGCAUGGAACCACCACUGCGUCGUAAGAGAAAUAUUCAACGAGCGAAGCUGCGCAGACCAAUCGCCCUUCGUUUUUACCAUUAA